UACCUAGAAGUAUUCUAGGUACAUUGGAGCCAACAGUCAGAUUCAAGUCAGAUGAUGAAAAUAAAUAUUACCGUAUACAUUCAGUUAUGCUUGUACAUGACAAACAACAACAUUUAAAAUAUUUUUUAUCUUCCUCAACCAACUUUUUCUUGAACCAUGAAUUUCAAAUCCGAUUCCUUUUAUGGAGAAGAAUCUUGCUGCAGCAAAGCCAAAACUAAUUUUAUAAUUGGCCUCUCAUCACCAUUUAAUACAGCAAUUGACAAUAUUAUAGAAUUCAUAUCAAUUCUUCUUAGUGACAAGUUUUAUCAUGCCAUUCCUAGUCUCAUUAUUAUUGUAACUGUGUGGCUGUUAUUUAAUCAUAAAACAAGAAAUACUAUUCGUAAAAUGAAUAAUGGAAAUAAUAAACUCCGAAUUGUUUUCAAGAUUUUAAUGACAACACCCGUAGUUCAAGUCAGCUUGUUCUCAUGGUUAAGAUGUCAAGAGUUUUUAUAUUGCAUCAUCUCAAGAUUCGUUAUAUUAGCGACAAAUUAUUUUCCUACGGACUACGAACAAAUUGAACAUACAUAUCUCUUGAACAGUUUAUUUUUCAACCGAAAAAAUAAUGAACCAAGACCGUUCACUGAACUGUUGUGUUGUUCAAUAGCCAUCAGUAUGGCAUCUUAUAUUCUGUAUUCAACUGUUAGAAAAUUAAGAAGCAGUGAUACAAUCGUGGAAAAAGUAUUCACCAGGAUAGAGCCCGAUGAUGGCUUAUCAAUAAUCUAUAAGAAUAACGGAAAACGGUUUACCAGCUCAAAGAAUAACAAGUAUUCAAAAAACUCACAAGAUGAUGGAAAUGACAACGUGAAGGACAAUAUUAGCCGUAUGUUGACGAGAGCACGUACAAGAAGCAAUACCCAACUUCCGGAUGUGAUUGCAACAAAUGAGGCAUCUAAUUGAAGAUUAUUCUUUGAUCCAGUAGAGUUUUUGAUUGAGGAGAAUUAAUGCCCAAAGAGAAAAGCACAGAAAUAUUAAUACCACUACUAUCAGGCCAAACUUCUGAAUAGAAUCUCUAAAGUUGUCAAUACAAAAAGGAGUAAAACCAAAUACCCUUCUGUAAA